CUUUUAAAAACAACACGGAGGCUUGGCCCGCUUUGCAAACACGCGUAGCCCUCUCGACAUCAGAUGUCGGUUGCCGAUUACAAGCGAGACUAAUAGUAAACUUUUGAAAGCUCCAACUAAAUCGCCAUGAAUUUCGGUGGUGCCAAACCGGAUUCGCCAGGGCCAAAGGACCCAGACCUGCUUCCUCGGCAGAGUGCCGCGCCGCCACCAUGCCCACGCUGCGAACUUGUCAAGUCCCAGUGCACCAAGACCAUAAUCAACUACCAAAAGUCGCAUCGCAAAAAAAUUGAGGCGCUGCGCACUGAGCUCAAAUCUGCGCGGCAACAAGUGGAUAGCUUGCAGCGGCAGUUGCAUGGCUACAAAAAUGCAGCGCGGAUUGUGCCAGUUGUCGUCGCCCUCGCGGGCGCUACCUGGAUCAUCCUCCUGAAGCGGCUGCGACGGUCAAAAAGCCCUGCAGCCUCUCCUCCCCCUCCCCAUCCCCCUGCUGGUCCCGAAGAGCAACAGGAGCAACUUCCAGUUGCGCCAGUUGCCGACUUGGCGCAAGCUGACCCAGCUACCGAUGUCUAAGGUUUCAUGUAUAUGUCGUCCCGCAUCUGACAGGCGCUGUGGCUCGUUGUGGGUCGCUUAGCUAAAUGGAUAGUAGCGCUGUUUCUCUAGAAGGCUGGUAGGCGACUGGUUUGCAGGAUGGUAGCGUUCUUCUUCUUCUUCUCCUCCUCCUGGGGAGUGCGAUGUCUCAGUCAGUUGGGAGCGCGCAGCAUCACAUUGCAUCUCGAAUUAGGCGUAAGCGUCGUGGCAGGUACAGAUAGACCUGUGGAGAUGAUGGUUGGGGUGACCGCGGGGGUUGGCGACUGAGGCGACGGCCGGGCGACUUCAGCAGCACAGCGCACUGCUAGGCACAGUGGAUGGGCGCCAAGCACCAGGAGUCAUGUGGCAGCGGUUUGUUGAUGAUUUGAUGAUGAUGAGGAGAAUGUUAAAAUGCAUGCAUGUGCGAAUGCGUCGUGCAGAGCGUGGUGCAUCCAUAGUCAAACGACACCGUAAAAUGCCUUUUUACGUUCGUUGGUGGUUAGCUGUUUUACCGUACGCUAUACCGGUGGUCACACAGUACAGGAAGAUUCCGUUACCUGCCGUUUGCGGCCUCUUCCGCGGCCAAUACUGCCAGAACUCCCUCAGCUGCUGCUGCUGCUGCUGCUGAUGAUGAUGAUGGUGAUGUCGACGAUAAGACGAUGGUGGUGAAUGGAAAAGUGAAUGGAUCGCAAUCUUCGUCUCAUUAGAUGCAGUCCCGCUCCCCCGCCCGACCUGUUCGCAUGUUGGAAUGUAUGAGACUAACGUUUCAUCUUCCUUUUUUCUUUUUUCCCCGCCCUUCUAGCCUUUUGCGGUAUUUUUUUGUUCUUUGCUUCGUCAUCAUCCCCUGGAUCGCACCCGUCCUCAGUCCUCCGUCCCCUCGCUGCUUCCUCCACACGUGUACAAAUGCCGACCCUCUGGCCCUCUGUUGCCUAAAUAAGCAACGCGAUAUGGAUCUCAAGUUAGCCUGCUUUUGUGCUUGUAACGCCCG